AUGGCAUUUUGAAGACACCUUCAAGCGCUUUGAUGGAAGAACUGGCUCCUCUGGAGGAGGAAGCUCUGAGGAAGCUUGUGAGAGAUCAUAUUCCCCUUGCUUAUUGUAGGAGCACUGGUAGGAAUCAAAUCAACCUCUGAUUCUUAUGAGUAUGAUGGCGGCUCUUGGAUCAGUAUUGGGCAUCUGUUCGCAAUUCCUGAUGAAAACAGUAAAUUUUAUCAAGACCUCAAUGCUGAUGAUGGCCUAUUUGUUGGUAGCAAACCACAGCCUUUCUAUAUGACACCUCGCGGAGGAAAUUAUUACACAAUUGUUGGUACUGAUAGGGAUGAAGUGGACCAAAUGAGACAAGCUAUGAAGCCUUUUAUUCAAGUCUUUCAGGAAACCUCAGGCAGAGAAAUGGUCUUCCUUAAUGACCUCGAAACAGAAGAAGACCUUUUUGAUUUCAUCAAAGGUCCUGAUUACAAGAAAGAUUCUAGAUAUGAAUCCUUGUGGUUUGCUAUUGGGUUGCCAACAGACCCUGAAAAUGAUCCAUAUAAUUACAAAAUUUACCAAUCUGACGAUUUCCCACAGUUGAUACCCUCUACUCAUUGGGAUAAGAUAUUUCCUGUUCCUGAUUUUGACAGCUAUUACCUAUAUGCACGUUAUGGGUUCACAGGACUUCAAAGUGUGAUAGGGAACUAUAUCUUGCAGAAAGAAACUCAAUCAACAGAAUCGUUUAUUGACACAUAUAUAGCACUAGGUUUCUUCCCUAAAUUAUUAGAGGAUGGCUUCCUUAGAGAUGGAGGUGCUUCCUUUCCCUUAUUCAUGCUUAUAAUUUUCAUCACUCCCUUGUUCAGAUUGGUGAACUUCUUGACUGAAGAGAAAUCCUCCCGUGCUAGGGAGGGCAUGAAGAUCAUGGGUCUCAAUGACACGCCAUACUGGGCAUCUUGGUUCAUAUAUUAUUUCUCAAUAUGAUUAGUGAUUUCGGUUGCAUCGGGAGUGGCGAUGAGUCUUUCAAUUUUCAAAAGUUCCUCAAUGUUUUUCGUGAUCCUCUGGAUCUUCCUCUAUGGUAUGUCCUUGUUCUCGUUUGCUGUGUUUAUAUCCUCUUUUAUCAGCAAACCUCUGAUUGCCUGCAUUAUUGCAACACUUUUUCAUUUCAUGACUUAUUUUAUCGUUUUACCACUCAACCAACCUGAGAUUUCAGAUGGGGUCAGAAUAGGAUUUUCAAUAAUCCCUAAUGUAGCAAUGUCUCUAUCAAUGCUAACGAUGUGUGAUCUUGAGCAAGCCCUCUUUGGCCUAAAUGGGUCAACCCUGUUCUACUCAAAGUCUAAAUUCCAAGUUGGUAUAGCAUUCAUCUCCUUCUUGAUUAAUUUUAUUGGCCUAUUCCUAAUCGGAGUGUACCUCGACAAUGUACUCCCAAAGCAGUUUGGAAAAAGACAGCACCCCUGUUUCAUGUUCAAGAAGUCUUAUUGGUUUGGAACCACUGCUCGCUCUGAGAAUGAAGAUAAGGAAAGAUUACUAGCUGGAGAAGGAGACUCAGAACAGAAUAAUAACCCAGAGAAUUUCGAAGCAGUUCCUCCGAACGUGAGACAGUUUGAAAAGUCAGGAGAGUGUAUGAAAGUUAGGAACCUUCGCAAAGUCUAUGGAGACGGCAAAGUUGCUGUUGAUGACUUGUCUCUGACCAUGUACAAAGACCAGAUCUUUGCACUUUUGGGUCAUAACGGAGCUGGCAAAACUACGACGUUUUCAAUUCUGAUGGGUCUGUAUCAGCCGUCUGGCGGAUCAGCUUCGGUGUUUAACAUCAACAUGGUCGACCAGUCAGACCAAGUGAGGAAGAACUUGGGAGUGUGUCCACAAUUCGAUAUUUUGUUUGACACUCUGACUCCUGAAGAGCACCUGAGGCUAUACUGAAUGUUUAAAGGAGUGCCUCCGAGUGAGGUUAAUGAUCAGAUUGAAAAGACUCUCAAAGACGUUGAUCUUAUGCCUAAAAGAAAAGCAUUUGCUAAGAAUCUAUCAGGGGGUCAGAAGAGAAAGCUAUCUGUAGGUAUUGCAAUGAUUGGAGGAUCUAAACUGAUUCUUCUUGAUGAGCCCACAAGUGGAAUGGACUUGACUGCUAGAAGAAAGAUAUGGGAUAUGCUAAAGAGAAAUAAGCAAGAUAGAAUCAUCUUGCUCACCACUCACUUCAUGGAUGAAGCUGAUAUCUUGGGUGACCGUAUUGCAAUCAUGACCUCUGGUAAAGUCAAGUGUUGUGGAGGGUCUCUGUUUCUUAAGAAGAAGUUUGGAGUUGGAUACAAUCUCGUGAUUGCCAAAGAAACAAAGCUUCCUAACCCAGACAUUGAAAAGUUUGUGUUCAGCAGAAUAGAAAAUUGCAUUAAGCUUUCAGAAGUGUCUUCAGAAAUCACUUUUCAAAUACCAAUGGCCGAGUCAGACAAGUUCGAAAGCUUCUUCACCGACCUCGACAACAGUCUGGGAGACUUGAAAAUAAAGAGCUAUGGAGUUGGAGUGACCACUCUUGAAGAAGUCUUCUUGAAAGUUGGUCAUCAGAAUGAAGAAGAAAAUAAAGACUCUCAAUUACUUAAACAGGAAGAAACAAAAGAAGGAUUUGAUAAUCCUCAAACUCAGAGUCAACUAAACUUCUCAAGGGAGAGUGGAGUAGAAGAAUAUUCAAUUGCAGAUAAGCAUGAAAAGAAUGUGUUCUGGUUACACUACUAUGCUCUAUGAGUAAAGAAAUUUUUAAUUUCAUUCCGGCAGCUCAGAUCAGCUCUGAUAGAAAUAUUAAUACCAAUGAUUUUUAUAAUCCUUGGACUUGCUCUCUCAAACCUAGAGUUCUUCAAGGAUCCUGUUCCAUAUAACAUUGAUCUCAGUGAGUAUCCUUCGAAGAAUAAGAUAUACGUCUCCAUGAUUCAGCCUGAAGUUACCGAGUUCCAGCAAUACGUUGAUGCAAUCGACAAAGAUGUGUUUGAUGUCGAAACUCCAGAGUUCCCAAGAAAGUUCGAUAGGCUUUAUGAAGACUUCCUACAAUUUGAAAGUGAUACUUUCUACAAGAGAAAUGGGUAUGACAGUGCAGUCUUAAAUUCAGGGAAUCAUUUUGUCAAUAAUAUUGACUUAGAUACUAAUAGAUGAGGAAUCGUUGCAACUAUAAAUGGUCACGGGAAAGAAACAGUCCCAAUUCAUAUGGGUGUGAUGCUACAAACUUGCCUUAGAGUCUUAUUAAAUCAACCUAAUUUGGAGCUGAAAUUUAGGAGCCAUCCAAUACCUUUGACAGCAGAUGCUCUUGCUGGAGCAAAAGCAGGAAGUGGCUCUAUUAUUUCGUUCUUAUUUGCUAUUGCGUUUGCAAUGAUUCCAACUGGAGUAGCAGCAUCUCUAGUAAAGGAAAGAGAAUCUAACGUAAAGCAUCAGCAGAUGAUAUCUGGAGCUUCCAAAAUAUCAUAUUGGUUGAGUACGUACACAAUUGACGUAAUUCGUGGAUUUAUUCCAAUCUGAUUUGGAAUUAUAAUGAUCUUUGCAUUUGGGGUUGACUUACCCAAUAUAUGGGUUCAUUUCAUACUGUUCGGAUUUGCCAUUCAUCCAUUUACUUAUGCUACCACCUUUUGGUUUAAGAAACACGGAGUUGCUCAGCUGAUGACUAUCAUCAUCAACAUUGCUUUGGGAGCUUUUGUUCCUAUAGCAAUUUUAGUAAUGCAGACUAUAAAGAGUACACAAAACAUUGCUAAAACUUUGAGAUGGCUUCCUAGGAUCUUCCCCAUUUACUCUAUGAUCAAUGGAAUCACUCAAAUCUCCAUUAGGUCUCUGAUAGCAAGGCAAGAAGGACUAGACGACACUGAAAACUCUCUAAAUCUUAACAUCGCAGGAGGAGACGCAAUGUUCUUAGCCAUUGACAUUUUCUUUUGGUGGGGUGUCACAAUUCUUUCUGAGGCUGAAGUUUUUCAACGAAUUUUUAGAAAAAUUAAGUGAGGAAGGGUAAUACAAGAUGACUUCUCAAGAAGAACAGAAAACGUGAGAACUGAUUCAGAUGUCCUUAAAGAAGAGCUUAGAUGUGAGCAACUUGACUCGAAAGAGUGCUCUGUGCUUGUCAAUGGACUCAGAAAAGGAUUUACUGUUAAUGGAGAACCAUUUGUUGCUGUCAAAAAUAUUUCAUUCGGACUUGAAAAUGGAGAGUGAUUUGCUUUACUAGGAGUCAAUGGAGCAGGCAAGAGUACUACUUUUAAAAGCAUGACUGGGGAUAUCAUUCCAAGCGAUGGUAAAAUUUAUAUCGAUGGAUAUGACAUCUCUUCAGCCUAUGAAUUUUCAGAAGCUAGGAAACUUAUUGGAUAUUGCCCACAAGUUGAUGCUAUCUUUGAAGGUAUGACUGUACUUGAACAUCUGGUGUUCUACUCAAGAAUCAAAGGCAUCCUUGCACACAAGCGAACCUCACUUAUCCAGAAAGUUAUGGACGAACUCGACCUGGAAUCUUUCAAACAUGUGAGGUGUGAGAAAUUAUCUGGAGGAAACAAGAGAAAACUCUCAGUUGCCAUGGCAAUGAUUGGUAACCCUCCAAUCAUUUUCCUUGAUGAGCCUUCAACCGGAAUGGAUCCCAGAGCGAAGAGAUUCAUGUGGACAAUCAUCUCUAGGAUCUCGACGCUGCGGAAGAAGAGCACGAUUAUCCUGACAACGCACUCGAUGGAAGAGGCAGAGGCCUUAUGCACAAAGAUGGGCAUCAUGGUUAGAGGCAGGUUCAAGUGCUUUGGAUCGUCUCAAGAAAUCAAAGACAAGUUCGGUACAGGCUACGAAGUGGAAGUCAAGGUGAAGUGGCCAACAGACGAAGAAGCUCUUAACUAUAUUAAAGAUAAAGAAGCUGAUCCUAAUGAAGAAAUCACUGCUGAACAACUUGAAUCAACUCUAAGAAAAAUUGAGAUGCAGAGGCUUAUAGAAGUACCUCAGUUCCUUGAUCUCGAAGGUGAUGUUAGAAGAGAUGGUUCAAUCUCGCUGCUCUCCCUUUGCCAAUGGGCUUUGUUAGAAGAGUCUGGAUAUUUGGUAAGAGAAGAACUACAGAAAAAUACAUCAGACUGAAAAAUUCUUGAACAUUAUAACAACUUCUAUAAAUUCAGGAUUGAGAGAGGAGCUAAGAGUCUGGGCUUCUUCUUUGGGUUCAUGGAGAGCCUCAAAACCCGAAUUGACUUCGAAGAAUACGGUGUUAGUCAAACUUCACUAGAGCAGAUCUUCAAUAACUUUGCUAGAGAGCAAGAAAUAGGUGAUGAUAAUAGUCAAAGAAGAUCCACUAAAAGAGAGGCAGAUUAG